UUGUAGAGUUUUCUUUCACUCGCCGCAAUACGGCACGCUGACAACACGUAUUUGGAUUUUAACUUGUGACAGCGAACAGCUGCAACCAAAUUCGGUUGCAAAUUGAUAGUGCAUAGAAAUAAAGACGGUCGGUUAUGAAAAAGUGAUAGAUAUGGCUGAAAGUAAAGGUGCGUUAAUUGCGAAAACAGUGCAAAAACAUGCGGGACGAGCGAAGGAAAAGUUCCUCCAGAACCUUGGCAAGGUAGACCGCACCCUCGACGAUAUCUUCGAGGAGCAUCUUCAGAACUUCAACCGACAGCACCAGCAGGCGCUGCGGCUACAGAAAGAGUUCAACAACUACAUAAGAUGUAUACGAGCGGUCCAAACAGCAUCAAAAUCCUUGAUGGAGGCUAUCACGGAGGCGUACGAGAGCGGCUGGUCCGGCCACGACCUGCUGUACGUCCAGGCUCAAAGCAUGGAGAUGCUGUGGCAAGAUUUCUCGCACAAACUCGGCGACCAAGUACUCAUACCGCUCAACACGUAUACCAACCAGUUCCCUGAAGUCAAGAAAAAAGUUGAAAAGCGAGGACGUAAAUUAGUAGACUACGACAGUCAAAGGCACAGUUUCCAGAACUUGCAAGCAAACGCCGCGAAAAGAAGGGACGACGUUAAGGUGACAAAAGGACGUGAACAACUAGAAGAAGCAAAACGGACAUACGAAAUACUGAACUCGGAACUGCACGACGAGCUGCCAGCGCUGUACGACUCAAGAGUACUCUUCUACGUGAACAAUCUUCAGACUCUGUUCAGCGCCGAACAACUGUUCCACUCGGAGAGUUCGAAGGUGUUCGCGGAGCUGGAAGCCAUCACUGACAAACUGGCCAACGACUGCCAGCGCGGCUCUUACAACAAGAAGACAGUGCUGAACAACAUCUCGCCGGCGGCUUCGCCCAUCGCCAACUCGCAGAUCGCCGCGCACAACGGAAACUCCGCGCCGGCCGUGCAGACGCCCCCCUCCCCCGCGCUCAACGGCGACGCGCCCCCCUCACCCUCCUCGGAGGCCGCCGCGCCCCCCGCGUCGCCCCCCGCCGACACCAACGGGUCGACGACCCCCGCGGGGGAGCCCACGCCGGCGACGCUGUCCGUGUCCGCGCCGUCGCCGUCGCCGCCGCCGGAGGCCGCCGAAGCUCCGCCGGUGCCGGCCCGGCACUCCGACGAGGAGAAGACCCCCAACGGGGGCGACGCCUCCCCCGAAAGGAAGGUCGAGGAGUUGUAUGACAUUCCAGUCGGAUCACCGACGCCCGUAGUCCCCGAGAAGUCGCCUAAGAAUGAAGAAAAGAGACAAGUAGAUGUAGAAAAGCUGAGUGAGAAAGAGAGCAAAGAUAGUGCAAUUGAGCACAAGGGUGAUGAGGUUUACGACAUACCCGUUGGAGCAACGCUGGCCGGUCUCCCGUCGGGGACGCUGUACCGCGUGCGGGCCACCUACCGCUACACGCGCGAGGACUCCGACGAGCUCUCCUUCGACGUCGGCGACGUCAUCCGCGUCGUCGAGUAUGACGACCCCGACGAACAGGAGGAAGGCUGGUUAAUGGGCAUCAAGGAGUCAACCAACGAGAAGGGCAUGUUCCCCGCGAAUUUCACGCGGCCCAUAUGAGGUGAUCCCAACACAACCCCGCCGAGCUAUAACGGCACCUAAUUAUAUGGACACUGGGUUUAAUAUUGCUCGAUUUAUACUACGUCACAUUGGGCUUAUUAAAAACAAAACAAUAAACUCAACGGUCGAGUAAAUAAACCACAUUCAGUGUUGCGAGCAUUCAAAAAUAAUUUAUUUAAAAUAUAAUAUCAAUGAAUCAUUAUUUUUUUAUUUGGAUAGUGAUUAAAUUUGACGACGAAGGAAUGCUCGUGGCACUGUGUUUUAGAUUUUAAUUGUUGAAUGUUUAUAGAUAUAUAUUAUUUAUUAUAUUUUUUUUUCGUGUUGUAUUGCAACGAAUUAUGAAUAAAUCAAUACCCGUUUACUUUAUUUAACGAUUUUGUAUAUAAAAUGUAUGUAGUUGAUUUUAGUCACUAUCAGUUAGGUGCAGGGUUGAAUUGAAUCAUUUAAUCUAAAUAUUUAUUGAUUUUAUUAAUGUAUCACAUUAAAUAUUAUGUUGUAUUAAAUGCAUAUUCGAUUACUCAUGAUGUUAUGGACGUACAUAGAAGUAUUUUUAUAUAGAAUAAAUAAAUAACUUGGUAAUUUCACAGCGAAAAACACAUUUAGUCCGAAACUAAGUUGAGUUUGAGGUUUUCUCGAGACAUUACAGCAUGGGGUUUAUUAAGAGUCGGCAUCGUACACCCCUCGUGUUUCAGGCG